AUGAACUUUCAUCAUAAAAAGGUGUUAUUAAGUAUAUUUGCGGGAUAUAUUGAGAAUUGUCAGAAAGAAAGUGGAAUUAAGUUAUCUAUGAAAGACUUAAUUGUUCGUCCUAUACAGCGUAUACCAAGAUAUGAGUUAUUAUUACAAAGAUUAAUCAGCAGUACACCAAUAGACCAUCCAGAUUAUCCACUGUUAGAGAAAGCUGAGAAGAAGAUACACGAAUUAGCUGUAAAAAUUGGUUCAGUUAAUGAUAGUCAACAAGAAGAUAUGCAAGAAACUUUGAAAAAACUUGAAUUGCUUCUGAUUACUGAUUUGGCAGUUCCUGAUCGAGCCUACUUACGCCAUGAUAUGGUACAAAUUAUUAAUAAGAAGGACCAAUGUUGUAUUUGGUUAUUUUCUGACCUCAUUACUGUCAGUAGUAUUAAACGUAAAAGUGGUCCAGCUCCCAGAAAAGUUUCCAUUAUAUUGAAAACACCAGCAGGACAAGAUUUUGCUGAAAAUGUCAAACAUAAGGUUUGGUUACGUGUUGGAUUGGACGAUAUAGAAAUUGUUAAAAAUGUUGCUGAAAAUUUUCCUCGUAAACCAACAAUAGAACGUGAUGUUAUAGAAGAAGAUAUGAAUAUUAUGAAUCAAUUAUCAGAUCUAGCUACUAGACUAUCUGUUCAACACUUGAGUCUGGAUGAUGCUUUAAGAGAAUUAUCAUCAACAUUAAAUAAACAGUUAACAGAAUGUCAGUUACGUAGUCCACAUACAGAAUCUAAUAAACUAGAAUUAUUAGUCACUACUCAAGAGGGUAUAUUACAUCUUGUUAUUAGUUUUAUAUCUGGUGAAAAAAGGGCCUCCUGGGAAAAUAGCUUCUAUGAAGCCAAAAACAAAUUGUCUCUGUUAUCAGACAAGAGAGCACCUGAAUUUUUACAGCCAUUACAAAUUACUAAAACCAGAGCUGGUAUGCAGUUUUCAUGUGCAGCACCUAUAGAUGGAUUAAGUAGUAGUGGUUAUCGUGAUGUUUGGGUGUGUAAUAGUGAUGGUUAUGUGGGUCACAUGUGUUUAUUAAGUUUACAACCAGAGCCUAUAGUAACAUUAAAUACUCCUGUACCAGGAUGCAAUGCUAGAAUAUUAUGUAUCUCAUCUGUUCCUGCUUAUAUUGGAGCAUUUCGAAGAAAAAGCAGUCAGAAGGGUAAAGGUAGACAACUAGAAACAUUACAUUGUGAAGAAGUGAUACAAGAGAAGAGUAAUGAAGGACCAGCUAUUAAUGUAGAGAAAUGUGAUGGUGAAGAUGAUGAAGAUAUGGAAACUGCUGGUGAAGAUGGUUAUCAGUCAGAUUCAGAGUCUAGUGAUGAUGAACCACUCUCGUUUAGUCACCAGGAAAAGCUCUUUGUCAGAGAAGAGAUGUCUGAUGAAGAGAAAGCACCACCUCCAGCCCCUCCACCACCAUCAUUUACUACAUCACCUGAUCCUAUUACUACUACUGGUAACUGGUUACAAGAUGCUUGUAAAAGUACCAUGUGGUUGGGUACUGAAGAUGGUUGUAUCCAUAUUUUCCAAUGUACAGACAACAUAAAAACCACAAAGAAUAAGUUAAAAAUACAACAUGGUUCUGCUGUGUAUGGUAUUGUAUAUUUAGAUAAUAAAGUAUUUGUAUCUCUAGCUAAUGGAGAUUUAAUUGUGUAUAAACGAGACCAAGAGGGCUUGUGGGAUACAGAGAAUCCUUAUACAAGAACUAUUGGUAGCUCAUCUUCUCCUAUAGCUAAAAUGUUGGCUGUAGCUGGGAAAUUAUGGUGUGGUUGUCAAAAUACUAUAUAUGUGAUAAAUCCUUUAACUCUUGGUAUAGAGAAAUCAUUUAUUGUAAAUAUGGAUUCCAAUAGAGCUGUACAGUGUAUGGUGUGUUCUGGUCAGGGAGUAUGGAUAGCAUCUCAACAAAGUUCAAAGGUCAACUUAUUUCAUGCAACUACAUAUGAAUUCCUAUUAGAAGUGAGCAUAGCUCAAGCUGUGUCGCAAAAACUACAGUCUGCUGAUGAUAUAAUCCGUCAACAUAAAGCAGCCUGUCUGCGAUUAACAGCAUUAUUAGUGUGUAAAGAUUUAUUAUGGGUAGGAACUAGCGCUGGCGUUAUACUUACUAUACCUAUUCCUAAAAUAACCUCAACUACGACAAAUGGCUCCUUAGCCACACCUACUGUUACUGGUCUUGUACAUGGACAUACUGGUCAUGUUCGAUUCCUUACUUGUGUAGAUAUUUCUAAUGCUGGUUUACCAAAAUCAGACUCAACUUCAAAAGACGGUCCUGAAGGUCAUUCAUUUCCUGACCUUCACCGUAGAUCCUCCAUGGCAACAAUGACUGCUACUAUGGCAACACGUAUGUUAGUGAUUAGUGGUGGUGAUGGGUACGAGGAUUUCCGUAAUAAUCAAGCCAAUGAAGCUGCUGGACGAGAUGACAGCACCAAUCAUUUGUUGUUGUGGCAGGUGUGA